AUGUCGGCAGCGUUCCCAACUGGGGCGCCGAACCUAUUCACCUCGCCGUUCAUGGCGUUUCCGGCGAGAAGCUUAUUUCAUUCUACAGAGCGACCGGCGGAGGGCGGCUGCGCUUUCACGCACGAAGAUCGACUUAUGCUGCAGCUAUUGUAUCAGCAGCAACAGGCCAUACAGAUUCAGCUCCAGUCCAUGGCGUUAUCGAUGCAGCAACUCCACCUGACACUGGCCGGAUUGUCCAAACUGCCUGUGGCAAUGGAGUCGUAUGGUGCCGCAGUUAAUAGUACAACCGCUUCAUCAAAUCCCCCCAACUUUGUUCCGAUGGCGGCGCAUUCAGCGUUCAAUAAUACCACUGAUACAAUGACGGCAUUACAACGACAAGCUGCAAAAGAUCCUCAAGGGGGUAGUGCAACUGUAGACACACACGCAUCACGUGAAAAAGAUGUGUCGUGCUCUUGCACACCUCCUCAAGAAGAUUUAGAUUUUUCACGCCAUAGUGCGACGAAUCGAUCCGCAGAAUCUGCAGCUCCGUGGAACCCCUCUGCCGGAUCACGCCAAAGCAGUGUUAUUCGUAUGGCACGUGAAGAGAAUCCUCUCUUGUCCUCGCUGCGAGGCAAGUUGCCGACCCCAAACCAUUCUGUUGCGGGGUCUGUUUCCGCUGGAACAGGGUAUAGUGCGAGCGCAAACAUCAGUGCAUCCCUGGAAGACCCAAGGAACUCUUUUCGUCCUGCCAUUCAUCAGACUUCUUCUUCCUCCCUGCAUGCUGAUCCCGAGGUUCAGAACGUAGCUGCAGCUGGGCAAACUGUGUCAAAGUCUCAUCAGCACCAGCAGCGUAUUGUGUUGGACAACCGUAAAACGGAGCCUGUGCAGCGCUCACACUCCAGCGGCGGGGCCGCAGCGUUAGUAAAUAAGCGUAAGGAAGAAUUUCACCAUGCACAGGGCAGGAACUUUGCCCGUGAUAGGCAAAAUCGUGGUGAGAAGGAGGAGCAUGGUGAUACAAGUGUGUCCGCUGCAGGCUACGACUCACAGAGCGACGGCUACGGGAGUUAUGAAACCAGGCAGUACCUAAAAAACGUGGGAAUUAUCUGA